AUGAGUGACGAGUCCGGGCCUCGGUGCGCAAGGAGUGUUUUAUGGAACGUACGGGUGUCUUGCAGACUUUGGAUUGAUGCAUUUAAAUGCCGUGUCUGCAGGCAGGGGAGCGCCGAUCGAUGGCUUUGCAUUUCGAUUCUCCACACAGCGUCGCUAGAUCAGGGCAAACCAGCAUGGUGGCUGUGUAAUCAAUUAGGAGAUCUCAUAUCGGACUCGGGGGUCUGUUAUUCUCGAAUUUCCUUCUUAUUUGCUACCGUUGCCAUUCAUUUUCUCGCCUCUCUUAGAGAGAGCCGUCGUUCCUUUUGGGGUUGCCUCUAG